UAUAAAUACAACUCACAUUUGGGUGUGGACGAGUAACAGGCAAAGUUCUGUUGAGGAGAACAGAAAACAGAAGAUAUUCAAACGAGGACCAAGAAAAUUACGAUGAGGUUUCUGGAGAUUCUGAUGUUGCUUGGUGGGGUGGGCCAACUGGCAAGUGCGCUGUCACUCAUCCCGGUCCCGGAUUGGAUAGGCCUUCUUACUACCGAGACCCCUCCCCUUGAAUCACCUGACGGCCAGGUGUUGAGUGUGACUCUUCCUGGUGGCGGAUCCGUGAAGACGGGGUUUUCUACCAGGAAAGAUGUGUCUCCAGAUGGUAAAAGAUACCCAAGUUCAAAGCAGUUGAACAGCGCACAACAACAGCAGUCUCUUGCCAGAGAACCUAUUAACAGCAACACUCACCCUGACAACCCUGAGAUCCUCCCAGUGAGCCUCUCAGAAACCGGAAAUAGGACCAAACGCCAGCUCUAUGGUCAAUGCAGAACUUGGCACAACUGGGUCCAGCCGUGGUGGAUCUACUGGAAUUCUGGAUGGUGGCCUGUCUUGAACUCCCCCUGGUGGGGAUGGCAUUGGCAUUAUUGGAUCUACUGCCUGCCUACGUCAAAUAUUUGUAAGUCAAACUACACUUGGGUUAACGGUAGAUAUGUCCGUUUUUGCUCGCGCUGCACCACGGAAUGGGGCUGGCUGCGAGUCCCGCUCUGGUACACGUGGCACGUCAGGUGGGUGUGGAUCCGCGCACCUGUCGGCUGCUGUUGCAACUUUCAGCGAUAUUUCUGGCAGUGUUGGUAAAAUAAUGGAUAGAUGGCGCAUCGAGUCAAUUCCAGCCCCGACGGCAUAUUUAUUCAAGAUUCCCCGCUUAAACGCAAUGCUGUGCCAUAUGGACAUUUAUGGUAGCAUAGUAUCUUGUUCCACAUUUAAGGAUAAACUAGCAUUUUCCAAGACAAAUCAGAGGUAUACUCUUAUAAAUUUAUUAUUGCAACCUCUUACUCUUCUCGAUAUUGCUUCAGCGAAAUUUAUGUAGCGUUAAUUUUGAUUAAAUGUUAUACCGUUAUGAUUUUGCUAUAUGACUGGAUACUAAAAGUGAGAACAAAGCUUUAGGCUUUAUUGUCCUACACGUAUGUUGUCAGCAUUAAAACUCCUCAAUAACUGCAAGUUCAUAUUGCAAUAAACGAUUAGUUGCA